UUUACUAACCUUUGUGCAGCGGAAACCCCCAAAUCAACCACAAUCCAAUAGGGAAUGAGGUGCAGUGGAUUAAUCUGUUGCAGGGUCAAACUGUGGCCAUCAUAAAGGCUUUAUUAACUGUACAGGCAACGUUUUAAGUAACAGUUUUAACAUUCUUAGUUGCCCUGUAAAAAGAAGUAAAUCACUGUUAAUAUCCAUCCAUCCAUUUUCUAUUCCGCUUGUGCUCAUUAGGGUCACGGGGGUAUGCUGUGGAGCCUAUCCCAGCUGACUUUGGGCGAGAGGUGGGGUACACCUGAACUGGUCACCAGCCAAUCACAGGGCACACAUAGACAAACAGCCAUUCACACUUACAUUAUGGGCAAUUUAGAGUUUCCAGUUAAUCUAACAUGCAUAUUUUUGGAAUGUGGAAGGAAACCAGGGAACAUGCAAAUGGCACACAGAGAUGUCACUGUUAAUAUAACUAAAUAAAGCUAAAAGGAAGUAAAAUGCUCAUCCUUUUUAUAAACACACACAUUCAGGAGUCAGAGGGGGAUUGUUUGACCUUAGUAAAAGUUCACAAUCUACAUUAAAUAAUAUGUUAAUCAAAAGAAAGUAAACCAACACAAAAUGUUAACAACUCCAUGACUGGAACUGAUUACCAUGUUAAAAAUAAGCAUUACAUAAGCAUUUAUCCCUUGCUACAUCGCUCCCUCACUCUAAUGCUUUUUUUUGAAAAUUAAUUAAUUAAUAAAUGACUGCUGUUUAGUGGUUGACUAUGGACUAUUAUUAGUCAAAAAAAUGUUGAAAAACCUAGCCACGAGUCAUCAGUAAUGUUACAUGGCAUUAGAUUAGAUUACCUUCACACUGCAUGUAGUCAAUCAACCAUGGCAUGUCCAACACCACAUAGUUGACCUCACAGUUCUACUCCCAUUCUGUCUGGAAGUGGUAAGGUUUUGGCUUCUUACUUUGACCUUCUUCCCCACUCUGCUUGAAACACUUUUUUAAGUUUAGAAUAAGUAAAUUGGUGAGUCUAGCUUGAUAUGCAAGCGGCGGCCGUCUGUUGUGGCCCUGCAGUGAUCCCGUAGCCUGCGCAUUACAGUUGUAAACAAAGAAUAAUAGGAGUGUAAAGGUGACUAUAGGUGUGUUAUUUCAAGACUACAGCGCUCUAAUAAUGGUGAAAAUCAUACUUAGAAAGUCAUAAACAGGUUUUCUAUGCCCUUAACUAUGAAAAUAUUCCAUUUAAAGUAUUAAUAUUGAAUCCUACUUUGCGGCAAUUCACUUAUCAUGGUUGGGUCUGCAACCAAUUAACCACAAUAAACGAGGGACGACUGUAUCACAAACAAGGUAGGGCGAUCUUAGUUCAAGUGUCAACAGAAAGACAGGACUCAUAAAUGUAUACCACAUACAAUCUAUAAAUAAGCGGCAUCCUUUUUCUUCCUUAAUUUAGGGGCUAUCCACACGGAAACGUUUUCAGGUCAAAACGGCAAAGUUUUUUAUCGUUUCAGCCUCUCAUCCUCACGGGAACGGCGCUCUGGGUGACCUGAAACGGUAUUUUUUGAAAACUGAUUCGAGAGUGGGAAAAUCUGAGAACGCUGGCUUGUCGUGCCAUGUAUACACGUAAUACGAAAAUGAUGACGUCACUGACUCAAGUGAUCUUUGACAACAAACCAACAUAAUAUCUGAAUAUUUCGGUGGACAUGACUCACCCCAGGCAACAUUCUCCUCAUAUUUUGUUGUCUUAUACUCCACAAAUAAUUCCACUUCUCAUAAGUCUUAUGUGCAUGCAUUCUGUCUUCUAUGGUUUGGUGUGUCACGUAGUUCAGCCCGUGUGUUUGUUCACAGCGCCACACAUAGGUGUGCUUGUGUAUUACAUUGUUUUCACUCAGUGAUUUGUUCCCGUCUGGAUGCAACAGUUUACUAAUCCGGCACAGUAUGGACGCAACUUUUUUUUAACCCGCCAAAAAAAAAUCUCAGGAAUGUUACCUGCCUUGGUGAUCAGUUUCACUUUAUAUCUUCCAAAACUGAAGUUGCCAAUGGCCUCAAAGAAUAUAACAAUAAGCAAAUAAUGACCCACAUUUUCCUCAAGGGCAACUUAAACAAUCCCUCAUUUUUUUCCUGACUGAAAAGACUUUUCUACCUUGGUGUGGAGUGUUGUUGUCUUGUCCCUCGGGUUGGGUCCCCAGUCUUGCAUGCAUUUGUAUUUGUAUUUUUAGAGCCGGCAGCCACCAGUUCCUUCCCCGGAGUUUCCUGCUCGGUUGAGUCCAGCACAGGAUGCCUGUGCUCCACAUUGUUGCACUUGAUUCUUACUAAAAUUUAUAUUCAUUUAUUUUAUGGUGACGGUCAUCCCCUUCUUGUACCUAAAAAGGUUGAAAACAAAAACAACACGUGAGGUACAUAGUUGCGGUGGCUGUUGUUUGCCAUCCAAUUAAUUAUUGACUUUUUCCCCUGCCUUAAUUACUUUCUGCUGGGGUCACAUGGUUUGAUGACCAAUUAUUGAUUGCGGACAGAAGAGAGCUUGUCACCUUUACAUUGCUGUAUGUCCUUAUUAUGAUUGUGUUGUUAUUUUGCUCCACAUAUGCUGUCAAUGCCACUAUUGCAUUUGCAACGUGGCCAUGUGUCAGAGUGAAGUAAGACCUUGUUUGUCAGUAGGGUCCAGUGUGUCACACGUUUGCCAGCACGCCAGUCCACUUGUAUACAAUGGAACUGAAUCAGAGGGCCGGCCAUUGUCCGCUGAAGGCUACAUGUGUUUCAUGUCGAGGUCAGAUGUCACGACGGGUGCCCUGACUCUGCGAUCAGUCACUGCAUCCAAAGGAAACCACGGAAACUGCUCUAAUUUGAGACAAUGAGCAGUGUUGUUGUCAUUUUUCCACAGAAGAGGACAUUAUAUUAGUGACUUAUAUUGUUUCUUUCAGCUUCAAACCUUAAAUUGGACUCCUAACUAUUAUAGUAUUUUAUUGUACAAAGUCUUGGUCCACCACUAACUACUUUGUUGUUUUAAUGACCUUUUUCCCAGCAGUUAUAUGUUGACAUCGUAAAACAUGCAGUUAACAGAACGCAACAAAUCCUAAACUUUGUACAGAAGUGGGGCAUGAACCAGGGAGAAGCUAUUAGCUUUUGCUGAGAGUCCUGUUUAGGGCCCCCCCGAUGUCCAGAACCAGUGCUCACACUUUUUCAGCCUGUAAACCACUUUUAAAUCCCAAAGUCCCAAAGAUCUACUUUCUACUCUAAAUAUAGAGAAUAUAUACAGUAUAUAUUUUGUAUAUUUAUAAAUAUGAGUAUUUAUGUACAGCGUACAUGUAUAUCAGGGGUGCACACACUUUUUCAGCAUGCAAGUUACAAGUCAAAAUGAUCUACCUCUUACAAUAUAACAUAUACAGUAUAUAAAAUCUAACCAGUGAACUUUAAUACUAAAUCCGAAUGUUUAGUAUUUAACAUUCACAGUUUACUGGUCAUCAAAAUAGUUGAUGUUUCCAAUUAAUCUUGAAAUAGCAGUUACAUAAACAUGUGUAGAAAACCGCUGCAAGUGAACGGAUAACUUUUGUUAUACAUAUAAGCAUCUUACCACUGAGCUAGUUUAUCCGUAAUAUGAAUAAUACAGAUGAAAGUUGCAUUUUCGUGUGCCGCUGGAGACAUCUGUUUGGCACCUGCGUUUCUGUGGAGGCACAACAGCGAAUCAGGAGGGGAGCUUCAUGUCAGCUGAUGGAUGUCAUAUGACAUCUACAAAUAGAUGUUUAUGACGUGGGUGACACAUGCAAUUGACCCACACUACCACACUACACAACAGCUAGCGAUUGCGAUCGACGUAAUGGGCACCCCUGGCUUUGGGGCCGUUUUUCUAACAAAGUCCCUCCUGAGAUGUGUGCAACCCUGGUGGCCAAGUACAAGAAACACCUGACCUCUGUGCUUGCCAGCAAGCGUUUCUCGACCAAGAAUUAAGCCGUGUUAUUUAUAGGGAUCCAAUACUUAUUUUACUCAAUCAAAUGUAACUUGAUUCAAUACCCCAUUAAAAUUUGGUACUGUUUAUAUCUUGGUAAGGGGAUAUAUUCCCCUCUGUGGGGGAACUGUAUAUGUUACAACAACGCUUGCUUGCUUGUUUGCAGAAGUGUGUACUCCAGUCAUGCGACCCAGACUCAAUUCACAAUUUUGAGGACUUUGGUCUCGCCUUGACAAUAUCAUCAAAGACUCGCAACUCGACUUAGACAUUGACAUCAAUGACUUUGGACAUGACUCGGACUUUAGUCUCAGAGUGAAAUGUGACCCGAUUCAAAGUAUUCAACUAACAUUAUCAUUAUUAUGUAAUUUCCAGCAAGACAAGAUAUUUUCCCUUUGAAUCUGCGUCAUUGAAUGCAUUUAUUAACGUCCAAUCAGGUUUAAAAACAAACAACGAAUGUGUGGAUUACAUUUCUGUGCAAAAUCCAGAAAUGCUAUGCCAGCACUGUUUUUCUGUGACUAAAUCCUGUCACUGGUUUUGUUUUUUUAAAAAAAGAAAAUAAUUCAAAAUGCAUUCAUUGUAUUUGUCAAAGUCAAUAGAUUGUUACAUGGUUGAAAUUGACUUUUAUUUGGGAGACACUAAACAGUUGAAACGACCAGGCUCUUUGUUCCCGUGUAGAGAGAAAAAAAGAGAUAAGACGGACUGUAGUUUCUGAGUUAUAAAUCUUUUAGUGAACACUCUGGAAGAUAUUGCAAAGCUCAGCCCCCAGGCAUUCAACCCAACACUUCAAGCGACAAAGGGAAGAAAAACAGUCCCGAAACUACAGUAAGAAGUAACUGCUCUGUUAUCCUAUCCUUGGGUCAAGCCUUCACAGGGGCCUGACCUCUCCCUAACGUGAUCAGUGGUGUGUGUCUAUGUGUCUGCAUCGAACUGGCUCCAGCUCGUGUCAUUCAAGGGUAUGUGUGAGUGCUUUCUACUUGUGCAAGGUGUGGCAGGCAGAUAAGGCUGACAAGCAACAGUAUUUCUAUUGUUUAAUUCUAGCUAACUCUAACACAGUGCUUAUGACUUGUAAGGAAAAUUUCAAGCCUAUGACUUUGGACUUGACUGGACUUGCACAUCCUUAAUUUAGACUUGACUUGAGAUUAAAGACUUGAGACUUGCAAAACACUGACUUGCUCCCACUUCUUCUUCUGUCUAUAUGUACCCUGUGACUGACUGGUGACCAGUGCGUGGUGUAUAGCCUGCCUCUCACCCGAAGUUAACCGGGAUAGGCUCCAGCUUGUCUGUGGCCCUAAUGAUGAUGAGUGUUACAGAGAAUGGGUAUGGUAAAAGACUUAAGAGCAGUAGUGUACGUUUUAGUGUGUAUUUGUUCAAAUUGGUCAUGGGCUCUCACAUCUGCCUCAUGAACCUGAGCGUGACGUCUCAGGAACGCUUUGAAGGGGGUUCCCGCAGCAUAAAUAAUUCCAAGAUGCACACAAGCAAGCACAAUGGAGCGACUUAAAAAGCUGCAAAAAAAAAAAAAAGGGUAGAGGCUUGGCUGCCUGCGGGCUACUGGUCACCCUCCUGUAAUUACUCUUUCUAUUGACAAUGAUCGAUGUUGGCCUAAGCAGCACCACCAAUUGGCAGUAACAAAUAACCAUGAGCUUGUUUACAGGUCACGUUCCAAGUGAACAUGGUGAGUUUACACUUUCAUUGUCAUGUAACAGCACUGUGACCGUGUAGGGGCAGUCUUCAGUGAGCAAAAAUAGAACUUUUGGGCUCAGAGUAUUGAUAGAUGAGAGAACGAAAGGAGGAAAGGUGGGAAGGAAGGAAGGGAAGUAGUGAGUGAGUGACAAGGUGGUGAGUCAGAGAGAGGGAGCGAGAGAGAGAGAGAGAGAGAGAGAGAGAGAGAGAGAGAGAGAGAGAGUGGAGAGCUGACAAAGCAUUAAAAGGCGAGCAAGCAUCACUUACACACAGAAAGAUGAAACUUUAACAGGGACUUCAACAACCACAGAACCAGAACAGGAGAGUCUGGGCUUGGAAUGCGCCAAUGUUGGACUGUCUUUGGACCCUUUCAUUUACUGGGAUGUUAUUGCUGUCACAAUCAAGACCUAAGUGUUGAUGUUCUGGUCCAUAUAUUUGGCUGAGGACACAAUGUGACCAGCGGACCUGCAGAGGCGGGUGUUCAGGAAACACAAGGUUGACCUCAGCUCACUUGCUGGGUUGGCACAAAACUCCCUUUCCCAGAGCUUGACUUUCCCAACAAAGUUUACGGGCAUUUGCUUUUGUUGGACUCUUUGGUAUCAGUCUGUUAUAUUUGGACACUCCAAAGGAAUCAUUUAUUUUUAACUUCAACAAUCUUGGGCUCCUGAUCGAUGCAAACAUCUUCUUGGACGUUCUUCUUGAAGCUAUCUGGAGCGUGAGCAGGGUUUGGGUUUGUGCAUCAUGGUUGCAGGGCAGAACCAGCUGGUUCUGCUGGUGCAGCAGCUGAAGCCCAGGUUCUCUGUGGAGCUCAGCAGAGAACACAAGCACAAGGACAAACAAGUUGUGGAGCCCAGCGCCAAGCGCAGCAAAGCCACUGUCUCCAGGGUCACAUCGCUGGCCAGCCUGCUGCCGCCUGUCAAGACAGCAUCGCUGAAGAGGUUUGGUCAGACGUUGCAGCGCUCCAUCAGUUUCCGAACAGAGAGAGCGCUUCCUCCUGCUCCUCCUCCUCUCCCUCCUCCUCCUUCUUCUUCCACCAUGAAGACAAGGGUGUUCUCAGCGGCCAUCUCCAACUCCUCCACCUCCACGACUACGACACGGGCAUCCAUGGCCACAGCCCCAGCUGCUAAGCGCCGCGACAGCAAGCUUUGGAGUGAGACGUUCGACGUUCACCUGGGAGCGACACAGCCUCUCAGCCCAAAAGAGAUAAAGAGACAGGAGGCCAUUUUUGAGCUGGCACAGGGCGAGCAAGACCUGGUAGAAGAUCUCAAGUUGGCAAAGAAGGCCUACCAUGACCCAAUGCUGAAGCUCUCCAUCAUGACCGAGCAGGAACUGAACCAGAUCUUUGGUACUCUGGACUCACUGAUUCCCCUGCAUGAAGACCUGCUGAGUCGCCUCCGUGAGGCCAGAAAGCCAGACGGGUCCACCGAACAUGUUGGACAGAUCCUUACUGACUGGCUGCCGUGUCUCUCGUCCUAUACGGCCUACUGCAGCAACCAGGUGAAGGCCAAGGCUCUGCUGGACCAGAAGAAGCAGGAUCACAGAGUCCAGGACUUCCUGCAGCGCUGCCUCCAGUCGCCCUUUAGCAGGAAGUUGGACUUGUGGAACUUCCUGGACAUACCUCGCAGCCGGCUGGUGAAAUACCCGCUGCUCCUGAGGGAGAUCCUCAAGCACACUCCCAACGACCACCUGGACCAGCAACACCUGGAUGAGGCGAUGCUGAUGGUCCAGAGCGUGGUGGCGGACAUUAACAGGCACACAGGAGAGUCUGAGUGUCAGUUUUACAAGGACCGCCUGCUCUACACCGAGGUGGGACUGAGGGACACCCUCAUUGAGCGCUCCAGGACGCUCAGCUGCCACGGAGAGCUGAAGAACAACAGAGGCCUCAAGCUCCAUGUCUUCCUGUUCCAGGACGUGCUGGUCAUCACUAGAUCCAUGUCUCUCAACGAGCAGCCCGUCUGCUACCAGCUCUGCCGCCAGCCUAUCCCUAUCCGAGAGCUCGACCUGGAGGACCUGUUGGAUGGAGAGAUGAGGGUGGGCGGGUCCAUCAGAGGGGCUUUCAGCAACAACGAGCGUACCAAGAAUUUCUUCCGUGUUUCUUACCGGUGCGGCGGUCAGCAACAGAGCCACUGCUUUCAGGCCAGUGACGCCUUCAACAAGCAACAGUGGAUCAACUGUAUCAGACAAGCCAAGGAGGCGGCAGCCCUCAGCGAAGACCCCCAAGCUCCAGGUGGACCAUGUCCGCAGGAGGAACUGGGCGGAGACAUCAGGCCCCUCUGUGAGACUGGUCUGAGUCUGUGUAGCCACUCAGGGCUGGAAAAUGACAAGGGGUUGUGGGAGGAGACUAAUUUGGAAGGAGGGAACAGUCUCUCAGUGAUGGGGAAUGAGGUGGUGACAGGAGGAAUGGAGAUGGAGACAGGACAGCAUGGUGAGACAGCGCGGUUGAGGAUCAAAGCAGACGAUGGCAAAGGAGAGAGACACACAAUGAGUGACAGGGCUGAUGGCACCUCCCUUAAAGAGGCGGUGGGGCAGGGGAUGGAGGAGGCAGAGCACAGUGGCACUGAGGAGGCGGAGGCAGUCAGCAUGGACACCAGUGGUCCAGAGGAGAACAUACAAUGCUGAUGUUUGCUGUCAAACUACCUGAAGACACAUGGCCCCAUGGGUUCCCUAACUGCUGUAUCCUGACUCCUGAUAACUAUGGUAAGCAUGAGCAAGCAUUCCAAAGAUGCAGCCAAAAAGCCCCCUUGCUUACAGUCAAUGCGCUGCACACAUGCUGCUUUAUUUAGUCAGUAGCCUCUUUCACACCGAGUCUAAAGACCGCGUCAUUGUACUGUAUUUACGGCACCAAAACAGAAUUGGGGGAUGAAGUCGAUCUGGAAUUUUUUUCGGCUUCUGAGACAGUAUCAGAGGUGCAAUACUGUAGAGAUGGGACAUUCCCUGUGUCUAAGGAUAUUUCCCAAUGCUGGCAUCAGGGUGCCAAGUUUAACACCCAACACUCACGCCCUACUGUGUUAAAAAGCAACUUUUCGCUGUUGUACAAGUAUUUUACAGCAAUGCCUCAUUUCUUCGGGUUCUGUGUGAAAGAAACAGGCGAAUAAAUGUCAGAUUGACUGUUACAGCUCAUCUGAUGAAUAUGUGAAAAAAGUGAUGAAUGUGUGAAAGAAGCUAUUGACUGACUCCUUCUAUGCUUAAUGAUGCUCAGAGCCAUGUAUUUAUUAUUCAGUCAAUAUGCCACAUGGUCAUGCCCCAUGCUAAGACAAGGGGUCUCAUCUAUAAAGCUUGUGUAUGCACAAAACAGGGCCCAAAACAGGUAAAGUACGUGAUCUAUAAAAACAACCUAACGUGAGAAUGUGCGCACCAGUACGGCACCUUUUGUAGCUGGCGUACGCACUUUUUUGGAGCCAAGGCAACACACAUAUUAAGCGGUGAAGUUAAGUUUUAUGUGUUAAAAAUAAGCAUGCUUUGGAAGCCAGUAAAUAUUUAUCCAUCAAUGCAUGAAAACAUCAGGCCCGUUAUUGGCUUAAAAACAUUUGUGAAAAGUAGUGAUGGCCCAAUCCGAUCUUCAGGAUCGGGAUCAGCUGCCAAUCCGCCGUAUUUUGAUCGGAUCAUCUCAGCUUCCGCCACGAGAUCGGGCCAAUCCGGUCACCGUAUCACGUUUGUCACUCUGAGCCACACUCCAACAUGGCAGGUGCAGUAAAGUGCCUCAAACCUGGUUGCCACUUGGCUCCCGCCACCUGCGACUUGUCCACGGUGCACCAUGUUGAAGUUAGUUUCACGUUGGAUGUCGGCUAUUCGGCUCCGUAGCUACAGCGUUAGUAAAGUUUAUUUAAUCCUACCCCCAUCCAUUUCACAUCAAUUACAAUCCAAUUGUUCACCUCCUGUAUUCCAAAUGUAUCCCAUGCCAAAUAUAAAUACAUAGGAAAAUGAUAAAGCAGUGUAACUCUGUGGUAAAAUAGGAAAGAACCUGUACAGAAUUUAGAUAAAAGACAUAAUAAUAAUAAUAAUAACAAUAAAUAACUGAUAAGUUCAAUGGUUGACAUAGACCUAGUUGGAUAAUGAGUCAGUACAGACAAUGAACUCACAAGAUAUGAAGAGUCAGUAGUACUUGUAAGUGCAGGAGUGAUUAGCCAUAGCAUUGUUUGGUUCACAACUCUUCUUCCUUGUACUUCGUAAACAUCAAGUGCUUGUAUUGUUUCUUAAAUUGGCUCAUUUUAGUGCAUUGUUUGAGUUCCUUACUCAAUCUGUUCCACUUACGGAAAUGCUGAAGGUUUUCAGCGUUGUUCUCAUAUGUGUUUUAAGUUAAAUUUUUCCCUAAGGUCAUAUUCUCCUCUUUUGUUGAGAAGGAUUGUAUUAUGUUUUGGGACAGCAUGUUAUUGUUGGCGUUAUACAUAAUUUUAGCUGUGUGAAAGUUUACCAAAUCAGCAAAUUGUUGUGCUCGAGUAAUGGUCUCACCUUGGCCACCGCAAUGAAAAAUCUCUGGCUCCGCCACUGUUCGUACAGGAAGUGCUGCUCUAACCGCUACUAGGGACCGUCAAUACAUUACUAUUACGCUUUUGUUAAAAAAAAAGUCUUAUAUUAUAUUAUAUAUAUAUAAAUCACACCACAAAUCAAUCUAUAACCAUGACAUUUUUUUCAAUUUUAUUCUUUAUUGGAUGGGCUUUAUUGGGAAGCCAAAAAAUGUGGAUCAGGACAUCCCUAGUGGAAAGUGUUGCCAUUUUACAUGACACUGACGGAUAUCAUUUUCCAAUCAAAUAUAAUAUACUAUAUUGAAUGUGCUCGUCAACAUAUGGUGACUGCAAAUAGAUUAAUAGUCAUGGUAGUAGUCACAAAGUAUCAUAAACACCACCACUGACAUAUCCGCACUAAAAGAUACAUGAAAAAUACAACACAGCGUUUGAAUAUGUCCUCAUUUUAUUUUAUAAUCAUGAGAAUAUUAUGUACUGUAUUUGAUUCAUAUCAAUUCUAACAAACAUGAAGUUGUCAAUUAAGUAACUCUACUGGGUUUACGAUUACAAGACACAGUGCUAAUAUGUCCUCAAUGCUUUGUUACUUGCUUUUCUUUGAACAGUUUAUCAAAACAUAAGACAGUUCUUCAUUGCAUAUGAAAUGUAUGUCAUCAAUAGUAACAUUUAUUGAAUGUGUGCGUACGCCACGUUUUAUAACCCUGAAUAUUUUGGACCGUAUGCACAUUUUGGGUUUCUGGCGUACGGAGACUUUUAGUCAGAAUUCCACACACAUUUUUAUAGAUGAGGCCCCAGGUCAGUGUUUUAUUUUGAUGGUCUUUGUGCUUGUUUGCCAUGUUUAGCAGCUGCAGCGUGCUGUGUUGUUAUGUCGUAUUUAUGUUAACCAGAGCUAUCCACCUGUGAGGAGAUGAUGAAAAUAAAAUAAUAUAUAGUGAAAACAUGGUCGCAUUUAAAAUACAACCAAUGAUGACAAGUAGUUAUAAGUCAUACUUUACUUUUCCUCUGUUUUUACAUGCAGACUGGUCAGAUGCCUUUGCUCAAGGUAAGCAGUACAUGCCUAUGGCUCUACAGACACUAUUAAACCAUAAUCAACUUGUCUAAGAAAGCUUUGCAGCAUUAUCCCCCACUUACCCACUGACCAAAACUCCUCGAAACAGAAAUAUGCAGCACCAAAUCAGUGUAUUUUCUGUAUGUAUGUAACUACUGGACAACGUAUUGAUCUGUAUAUGGAUGUAGGAAUAAAGCCUGAAUGAAUAAGCCUUAAUGGUUUUUAUCAAUCUCAAUAAAAUGUUCCC